ACCGGUUCAACUAAACCCCCAAAUCCCAAAACUAGGCGCCGACACCCCGUUUUCUCAUCCCGUUAUAUAUCUCUACUACCAUCCCCACCACGACGACGACGAGGUUCCCUUUUUCCCGUUUCCCGCUUCCCGUUCCCUACGAUUCCCGGUUCUCAGGCGAAGCUUCCCCCCCGGCGUUCAUGGCGAUCGCGUCGCGUCGCAUCGUGGUGGCGGUGGACGAGAGCGAGGAGAGCAUGUACGCCCUCUCCUGGUGCCUCAAGAACAUCGUCGCCGCGUCGGCGACGGAUGCGGCGGAGCACGGCGGCGAUGCGCGCAAGGACACGAUCGUCCUCCUCCACGCCCGGCGACCCCGCACGAUCUACCCUCCCAUGGACGGGACGGGGUACUUGUUCUCGGCGGACAUCGUGGAGGGCAUGGAGCGGUACGGGGCGCAGCUGUCGAAGUCGGUGAUGGAGAAGGCGAAGCAGCUGUGCGCGGAGUUCCCCGAUGUGGUGGUGGAGACGAGGGUGGAGAGCGGGGAUCCGAGGGACGUGAUCUGCGAGGCGGUGGAGUCGAUCAAACCCGAUAUUUUGGUGAUGGGGAGCCACGGCUACGGUCCCAUCAAAAGGGCCUUUUUAGGAAGCGUGAGCAGUCACUGUGCGCAACAUGUUAAAUGCCCCGUUCUCAUAGUAAAAAUGCCUAAGCACUAGAAGAUGAAAACGUGUGUUUUGGUGUUUAUCCAGUUUUAAGGAGACGUAAUAUUUGGUGCAUAUAACUUAUAUAUCAAUCAAGAGCUGAUGAUGAACGUUGUAUAUUUUCACAAAUAAGAGGCUUGUUUGUCAUGUUUAUUUAAGUGAAUUGUUGUCAAUUUUGGUUUUUUUAAAUGCCUACGAAAGCUAAACUUUUGUAUUGUGGGAUAAGGAUUCACUGCGACAACAUGCCAUCUUCAUAUGGUGUUUACUAAUCUGUGUUAUUAUGUUCGGCCUUGGAAAA